GCAGUGCCCGGAGCGAGCCGCUAGCGCUGCCCCGAGCCUCUCGCUCGGCGCCCCCGCGUCCGGCCGAUGCGCGCCCGGGGCCGCCCCUCGGGGGCCGCGCUGCCGGGCUCGGGCUCGUAAGGGGGCGCCGCGAUGGAGCGCGCCCGCCCGCCGGGCUCGGGCUCGGGCUCGGUCUCGCCGCACGUGGACCUGGUGCUGGGCGCCACGGCCUGCUGCCUGGCCUGCGUCCUCACCAACCCGCUGGAGGUGGUCAAGACGCGGCUGCAGCUGCAGGGGGAGCUGCGCCCGCGGGGCACCUACCGCCGGCACUACCGCGGCGUGCUGCAGGCGCUGGGGGCGGUGAGCCGGGCCGACGGGCUGCGGGGGCUGCAGAAGGGGCUGGCGGCCGGGCUGCUCUACCAGGGGCUGAUGAACGGGGUCCGCUUCUACUGCUACUCCCACGCCGAGGACCGCGGGCUCACGCAGCGGCCCGGCGGCACCGUGGCGGCCGGGGCCAUCGCGGGGGCGCUGGGGGCGUUUGUGGGCAGCCCGGCGUAUCUGGUCAAAACGCGUCUGCAAGCCCAGACUGUGGCAGCCAUGGCUGUGGGGCAUCAGCACAACCACCAGGGUGUCUCCAGCGCCUUUGAGACCAUCUACAGGGAGCAGGGGCUUGUGGGCCUGUGGCGGGGUGUGAACGGCGCUGUGCCCCGCGUCAUGGUGGGCUCUGCAGUGCAGUUGGCCACCUUUGCGUCAGCCAAAGAGUGGGUCGAGAAGCUCAAGUGGUUCAAGGAGGGCAGCUGGAUGGUGGCCUUGGCGGGAGGCAUGAUCAGCAGCGUGGCGGUGGCCGUGGCGAUGACUCCCUUCGACGUGGUCAGCACCAGGCUCUAUAACCAGCCCGUGGAUGAGCGGGGCAUGGGGAAGCACUACCGAGGGUUCCUCGACUGCUUUGUGCAGAUCUCCAGGAAAGAGGGCAUCCUGGCUCUGUACAAAGGGAUCGGUCCUGCCUACCUCCGUCUGGGGCCUCACACCAUCCUCAGUCUGCUCUUCUGGGACGAACUCAGGAAGCUCACCUACCGCCACCAGCAACAUGGAGUUUAAGCCCCUGCGGCCAUGUGGGCAGAUCCUACCAUGAGAUCACCUGCACAUGGAUUCUGGGAUCUCUCUGCCAGCCUGAUGGGACCAGAAGUGGGGGACAUGGGUAUAUGGCAGUAUAGGAGCCCAGGCAGUCAGCUUGGGACUUUCGGGAGGUACUGAAAUCCACCAGAUUUGUAGGGUUUCAGGAGAGAGGAGCUCUGUGUCCAACUCCGCUGCCUACAAGAGGCUCCCACCUGCAGACACCGCUCCGUGCGAGAAUGGGCUUCUGUCCAGGAGCGCUGGCCAGCUGCUGUGGAGCGAGAGGGAGCUGUCCUCUAUGUGUGUGCCUAGGAGCCAGGAGGUCUGAGUGCUGUUCCCAGCUCUGACACAGACUCCCUUCUGGGGCCUUGGGCAAGCCCAUGUCCCUGCUCUGUCCCUCAGUUUCCCCAUCUGUGACAUGGGGAUCAGAGGGCAGUUGUGAGGAUUAAUGACCUGAUGUUUUGCAAAGUGCUUUGAUGCUGUAAAGAGCUGAGUAGUUACAUGUUCCAGGUGGAUUCUUGCCAGGUAAACUUGGCCUUCAAAGGACUUAAAGGACCCAGUGCCAUUCCUUAGCAUUGUUCAAGGAGGAGUUCCCCGGUGCAGGCCUUGGACUUCUUCCCUGAGUAAAUCGCAUUUAACCCUAAUGGGAACUGCUGCAGAGAAGAGUGGACUGUCAUGGACAGGGUACAAAGAUUUCAGUCUGGAGGCAAAUCCUGCAGCAGUCUGACCUACAGAGCACGUACCCGGCAAUGCCUGAGUCCCAGCGUGGUCCCAGCCUGGGUUGCCCAUGAACCUCACUGUGCCCAUUCCUGUCUCGGGAGAAGUUCCAGGCGCUCGGACACCAGGCACAGCACAGGAACCAAAAUCAACCGGGAAGCAAAUUGGUGAGAUGCUGCCCCUAGAUGAGGCCGUGGAGCCCCACAGCUGUGGAGCAAGGAGGGCAGUGCAGGCGUGGGUUUCACAGUGAACUUGAUUUGCUAGUUUGAGGUUAACUUUCGGCACUUGCUUCCCCUGGCCUUGUAAGGCAGGAACCCCCCACAUCACCACCUCCCCACAGCCUAGCUCAGUCCGAUUCCAGGGACGAGUUCAGCUCCUCUGCUCAGCCCAGCUGCACCCAGAGGUGCAGGCUGUGCUCAGUGUUCCAAGGUCCUUGCACGCAGCCCGGGGCAUGUGAGAGAGGCAGGUGUGGGGGUAGAUGCUGAGGCCAGGUCAGUGGGGCCUGCUCCUGCCCUCACAGGGGGCAAGCAGGAGAACAUCUUCCUGGGCAAGGGAGAUGUCUAAGUCCUGGGCUCUGCCACUUCUCUAAGCCUUAAUCUCACCCUGCCCUAGUGCCUGGCAGGCACUGGGUGCACCUAAGCCAGUGCUGCCCGCUCUGUGCAGGGCGUUCACUUCUACUCAGCAGAUGCUGGAAUCUGAACCCCAGCUCCAGGCCGCUUGCUGCAAUCAAAUAAAAGAUUUUUUUCUACUUUCUUA